UCUUCUGCAACUAAGUUUCAUGCAAAACAGCCACGACAUGCAAUGCAGCCUCACCUCCUGCCGCGUAAUCUGCCACCAACACCACCUACACUGCUAUCUAUAUACCACUCUCCUCUCUCAAUCCUCACAACAACUCAUUCCUCAACCUUCAACUCUCAAAACACAACCCCAUCAUAGUAGCAUUGUUUCACAAUUUUGGUUCCAACAACAUGACUGAUCAGGCAAGAACAGGUUCCUACGGUUCUUCCUAUGGUUCCUCCUAUGACACCAACAUGAACAUGAACAUGAACAUGAACAACAACCCUGCACCCUCACGCCAAACCAUCAAGUUCUUGACUGCUGCAACCAUUGGUAUCACACUGUUGCUCUUGUCUGGUUUGAUUCUCACUGGGACUGUCAUAGGGUUGAUCAUUGCAACCCCACUUCUUGUUCUGUUCAGCCCCAUUUUAGUCCCUGCUGCCAUAAUCCUGUCUCUUGCUGCUGGUGGUUUCAUGUUCUCUGGUGGAUGUGGUGUGGCUGCAGUUGCUGCAUUGUCAUGGAUUUACAACUAUGUCUCUGGGAAGUACCCUGCAGGUUCUGACACUCUUGACUAUGCUAGAGGGAUGAUUGCUGAUAAAGCUAGGGAUGUCAAGGAAAGGGCUAAGGAUUAUGGGAACUAUGCUCAGGGUAGAGCACAAGAGGCCACACAUGGGUCUACUUAUUAGUCACUCUUCUCCAUGGAACAUGCUUUGAGCAUUGUUGUCACCCUUCUUCUCCAUCUGCAUGUUCUGGCCUUGUUCAAGUCCUGCUGUUUCUGUCUAGUUUGUUGUGUUCUAUAUAUGUUGUUGUGGUUUCUGUAUCCUCUGUUUGUUUUUGGGGCUAAAUCUUUUCAUCUUAAUUUGUGUAAUAAAUCCUGUUAUUAGUACUUGUAGCUAGCAUAUCUGCUCUUAUUAAGAUAUGUAAUGGAUUGUUUCCUCGCUUA